AUGGGGUGCAUCGGUGAGGGUGUCGAGAAGUUUAGCAGCAGAUGUAAAUUCGAGAUCGAGGAUGUUUUGACCGAGGCGGACGCCGGCCCCGGUGGCAAGUGGGAGCAGUACCUCCUCGAGACAAACGAGACCGAGAACGCGGAUGUCCAGGCAUCCGACAAGGUCGUCGUGUCCGUAAAGCUGAGGGCGGAGCUUUUUGCUAAGGGCCAUCCAUACGAGGGCCCGUGGUCGGCAGAUCUUCAAUUCCUCGACUCCGACGGCGAAGAGCUCGACAUACCCAAGACGCGUCCCCUCCAGAAUAAAGUCACCAGGAGCAGUGUAAAUUCUGUCAGUGAUGCCUCAACCGAGCUCAUCGUCCCCUCCCCCUCAUCAACCUCCUCCAACCGUAACGACCACGCCAAUGGCAAGGGUAACACCGACGGACGGAACAAGGAGAACCAGAACGGAAGCGCUCGCUCCUUCUUUGACAAGAUGAAAAAGAACGACAGCAACACCUUGAAGCAUGAUGCUUCCUCGUCCAACGGCAAUGGUGGUGAACUUGUCAAGGCGGAGGAGGCAGAGAAAAAACACAUCUUGAAACUGUUUAAGGACUUUCCAAAUUGCAUCGCCAAGGUGACGCGUGUGGUUGAGGAUGAUGCUAAGUACAGCAUAACUUCAAUCGACAAGUCGGAGGAAUGGACAAUCAUUCCCAAUGACAGUAUGCCACAGCGAAUUCGCGAGUGGAUUGCUGACUUGACGAUCAACCAUGCCUUCAUCCCUGGCAUCCAUGAUUCGAGUGGCUCGUCGUCUGUGAUGUCGGACUCCCACCUCUGGCUGGCCAUCACUUGGCAGAACGAGUUUGUCAUCAACUCUAUGAACUGUACUGUCUGGUACAAAGCCUUGUCCAAGGAGCCUGCAGUAGCCUUGGGCAGGCCUGAGCCAAAUGCGCAAUAG